AUGGCUACUGUAAUACCACCACCAUCAAAGAAACAAAAAAAAGAGGCACUACAAGUACGAGAUGUUAAUUUAAUACCUGAAGAUUUACCAAACGUAUUAAUUAAAUUUCAAGCUUCAGAUACUGGUGAAUCAAUAGGUGGUUCAAUAAGAGUACCUGGAAGUAUAACUGAAAAACAAUUGGAAGAAUUAUUAAAUAAUUUACAAAAUGAAGAUGAUCCUGUACCUUAUAGUUUUAGUGUACUAAUUGAUGAUAAAUUAACUGAUGUUAAAGAUGAUUUAUAUCAUUCUAUAUUGAAACCUGGACAUAAAACUACUGAAGAUUUUUUAACUUUGGUUUAUACUCCAAGGGCUAUUUUUAAAGUCAAACCAAUAACAAGAUCAAAUACAGCUAUAGCAGGUCAUGGUUCUACAAUUUUAUGUUGUUCAUUUUCUCCUAAUGAUUCAAGUAGGAUGUGUUCUGGUGCUGGUGAUUCAACUGCAAGAAUUUGGGAUUGUAAUACUCAAACUCCAUUUAAAACAUUACAAGGUCAUACAAAUUGGGUAUUAUGUGUUUCAUAUUCGCCUGACGGUAAAUUAAUAGCUACUGGUUCGAUGGAUAAUACAAUAAGGAUAUGGGAUGCGAAAACUGGUGCACCAUUAGGUAAACCAUUAACUGGACAUUCAAAAUGGGUCACUUCAUUAACUUGGCAACCAAUACAUUUAGAUGAACUGCCUAAAUUAGCAUCUAGUUCAAAAGAUGGCACUGUAAAAGUUUGGGAUCCAAUAAGUAGGCUUUGUUUAUUUACAAUGUCUGGUCAUACAAAUUCAGUAAGUUGUGUCAAAUGGUCUGGAUCAAAUAUAAUAUAUUCAGCAUCACAUGAUAGAACUAUCAAAUCAUGGGAUAUGUCAGCAAAUGGUAAAUGUAUACAAACAUUGAAAUCUCAUGGGCAUUGGGUAAAUCAUUUAAGUUUGUCAACAGAUUAUGUAAUUAGAAAAGGUGGAUUUGAUCAUAAAGGUGGUAAAUUAGACUCAAUAUCAUCAAAAGAAUUGCGUGCCAAAGCAUUACAAGAAUAUGAAAAAGUUGCAAAAAUUAAUGGUGUAAUCAAUGAAAGAUUAGUUAGUGCUAGUGAUGAUUUUACAAUGUAUUUAUGGGAACCUUUAAAGUCAUCAAAACCAAUAUGUAGAAUGACAGGACAUCAAAAAUUAGUCAAUCAUGUUAAUUUUUCACCAGAUGGUAGAUAUAUAGUUUCAAGUUCAUUUGAUAAUUCAAUUAAAAUAUGGGAUGGUUUAAAAGGGACAUUUAUAACUACUUUAAGAGGUCAUGUUGCACCGGUUUAUCAAACUUCAUGGUCUGCUGAUAAUAGACUUUUGGUUAGUUGUUCAAAAGAUACAACAUUAAAAGUAUGGGAUAUAAGAUCUAAAAAAUUAAUUGUUGAUUUACCAGGUCAUUCAGAUGAAGUAUUUGCUGUUGAUUGGAGUUUAGAUGGUAAAAGAGUUGCUUCUGGUGGUAAAGAUAAAAUGAUUAGAUUAUGGUCACAUUAA